AUGGUAAAACCAGUGCGUGUGUUCCUUGUUCAUUACGGGAAGCGCAAAGCCAAAAAGCUAUUUUCCUCUCGUCGGUUCCUCAUCGUUCCGUGUUCUCGUCGUUGCACAUUCCCUGCCAGAGGCAGCCUAAUCACUCAGGAUUCAUUCAUUUAUGGAAUCAUGUGGCGACAUCCACUUUUGGCUGCUUUAUUGGCAACUUUCUGUCUGCUUACUGUUGCUGGUAAUUGUCUCGUAGUUAUUGCUGUAUGCACAAAAAAGUACCUACGCAAUCCUACGGGAUAUCUCAUUAUAUCGCUAGCGAUUGCCGACUUAAUCGUAGGAUUAGUGGUGAUGCCGUUGAACUCCUUGUUCGAAAUGACAAACCAUGAAUGGUUGUUAGAUGUAGAGGAUGAAAAUGGACAUAACCAUCAUGGAGAAAUACUACUAAUUAUAAGUGCUAAUAUUGGUGUAUUCGGGGAUGAUGGCGGCGCAGUUGGCAAGAGGUUCCGCUGUGACUGUAUGCUCAAAGGAUUAACCAUGUGUGAUUUAUUUCAUGCUUUGGAUAUUCUAGCAUCUACAAGUUCCAUAUGGAAUCUAUGUGUCAUAAGUCUUGAUCGAUAUAUGGCCGGUAAGGAUCCGAUAGGAUAUCGUGACAAGGUCUCAAAGCGUCGUAUACUUAUGGCGAUUUGUUGUGUAUGGAUGGUUUCGGCUUGUUUAUCUUUUCCAGCCAUAUUAUGGUGGCGAAGCACUUCACCUCAUCUGUAUAAGUACAAGAACAAGUGCCUAUUCACAGACAGCGCUAUGUAUGUUGGAUUCUCCUCGCUUGUUUCAUUUUAUAUUCCUCUUUGUUUAAUUCUUUUUGCCUACGGCAAAGUAUUCAUUAUUGCAACUCGACAUUCUCGUGGAAUGCGUAUGGGCAUUAAAAAGGUAAAAUAUACAAAUGGAAGAAAAACGCAGACAGAUUCGGAGAGUGUGAUGUCAAGUGAAGCUGAGCCAACAUUACGAAUUCACUUUGGACGAGGUCGAAAAAUGAGCACUAGCCUUAGGCAUUCGAAAAAUAAUCACGAAACAACACGACUUUUACUUAAACAGGUUUCGUGCAAAAGUUUAAAUGAACGUGGUGAACAUGCUUUAAUCAGUGCACGUUCUCCAUUGUUACGAACGGAAUCCACCAAUAAUACUAAGGCGUCCGUUUUUCGAGUUCGUGCUGCUGGAGUGCCAACAUUUCGAUCGAGCACAUUGAGCGUGGAGUCACCACAAACUCAACGUGAAGAAGCCAGUGAGAUCUCUUCUGUUAGUUCACCACAAACAGGACGACGAAAAUUAAAUGUUAGAGAGAAAUCACGACAAAUGGUGAAAUACGUGCAUGAACAACGUGCAGCACGUACAUUAUCCAUUGUGGUUGGAGCGUUUAUCAUAUGUUGGACACCGUUCUUCGUUUUUUCACCGUUAACAGUGCUAUGUGAUUCGUGUUUCGUUGACAAGGAAACGAUCUUCACGAUAGUGACAUGGGCAGGACAUCUAAAUUCAAUGCUUAAUCCAUUGAUUUACUCCAGAUUUUCUCGGGAUUUCCGUCGUGCAUUCAAACAGAUUCUCACAUGUCAACGUGAACAAAAAGUGAAGACAGCGUUUAAGACACCUCUAUCACUCGUAUUCACUCAGCUCAUAUCUGUCACACAAAUGUGGGAUCAGACACAAAAUACUCAAGUGGAAUAA